UGCGAACUGUGUCUUUCGUACAUGCACGUGUAAAAUGACCUAACCUCGUCGUAUCCUUGGCGUUAAAAAACUGAAAAGAAAUAUAGUAAUAUCGGUAGCGGUGGAUCGGAAGAUUGGCACAAAUUGAUCGUGAACAGCGCGGAGGAAAAUGGGUAAAUUAGGGCCGCGAUUAAACAGCAGGAAGAAAGCAAAACGAUGGCCAAAGGGUCAAAGCGCCAGUUCCAAUCCGGAGACAAAAAUACAUCGUGAAAAUGCAGCGUGGAUGUUUUUUAAGGAGAGCAUAGGAAAGCCUGGUCUGACGAAGACAGAUUUACAAAAACACGACGCCAUCCAGGGCAUCGAGCCUCAAUUUGAAAAACUCGAUCUAGACGAAAGCGGCUCCGACAAUGUCACGGAAAAUACAAUUAACACAUACGAUACAUUUGCCACUAACUAUAGUAAUUGUUCAAACGUAUCGUUCAAUAAAUUUUUAAAUCACUUCCAGUCGAAUUCGCUGUUGCACAAAGAAAUGUUAGCUGUAUUGUCUGCAGUUACGGAAAUCAUAAAACAGAACAGUGGAAAAGAAACAUCCACGGAAUACUUUGCAGCAUUGAUGAGUACGUUGGAGGCAAUCGAAUCUUCCACGUCGAUAGCAGCGACGCUUGCAUUGUUGCGCAUGGGUUUAAAAACUGUACCUAGAAACGUUCUAAAUGCUCAGUUUGGACCCGCGAGUAAAAUUUUUCUCGAUAUCCUCACGAACAACGUAUCCUCGGAAGACUUCUUAGUACUACGCCACGGCAUUCAUUGUUUGUUUUUGCUUCUUCAAGCGCUAGAACUGGCUGCAUGGUCAGACUCUUCAACCAUGCAAGUAUUAGACGUCUUUUUAUCCUUCAGUAUACACAGCAAGCCGAAAAUACGAAAGGCGGCGCAAGCAGGAAUUUGCGCCAUCUUGAAAGGAAGCGAAGUAAUGAAUGGCGAGAAACCGCCGCGGUAUCAUCCAGCUGCAGCUCAAAUCGCGAAACAUUGCCUAAAGCAAUUGCACAUCAAUUCAGAACCUGGCGGUAUCACUACCGUUCUUCACGUACUCACGCUUUUGAAGGAUAUCGUUUCUCAUUUGCCUAAAUGGCACGUGAAGUUCAUUUGCGAAGCAAUGCUAAGAAUCAUGACGUUAAAGAAUGUUUUGAUAACGUCCUGUUGCCUCCAAACCUUUCACGGUUUGUUCGUUUCCCGACCCACGGAUGCUACUUUACCGAUGCAAAGAAACGCACAGAUUAUUUCUGCUCUUUACGAUUACCAGCCUCCCCCAACCGAUUCGCAACCGACUCUUGCAUGGUUGGCGGUCAUGCAAGAGGCUCAUUUAAAUUUAGCUCAAAAUUCGUUGAAUUUGUGCGCAGCUAUUUUGCCAAAAAUGUUAGAGAAAUGUGUAGGAUUAUGGAUGUCGGAUAGAUCGGAAGUUAUAGCCGGUACGUCGAACGCGAUCAAAGUAUUAUUCCAGGAGUGUGUUAGCAAAAUGUGUGAAAACCAGGAACAAGUGAAAAAAUAUAAAGUUAUAAUCGAUCAAGUAAUUGUCAUGAUGCACAAAGCAUUGAGUUACCAAUACCUGGAAGCAUGGUAUCAUAUUCUUCACCUAGUAGCUUUACUCUUCCAGAUAACUGGAACAUCGAAAUGUAUGAAAUUGGUAGAUUUAUUACAAUCCGUAGCAGAUUUACGCGAUUCUUACUAUUUCGCGUCGAAGAAUGACGCCGAGUAUGCUAUAGGAGCUGCGAUAAAGAGCAUGGGUCCUGAAACAGUACUAAAUUUAAUUCCACUGAAAGUAGCAGAUAAUACAAUUAACUUGCAGAGGAGUUGGUUAUUGCCACUAUUGAAGGAUUGUAUAACCAGAGGGUCGAUUGCAUUCUUCACAGAGUCGUUACUGCCAUUAGCCUCGACGUGCGAAAUGAAAGCGCAUGAACAAGUAGGAGGAAAAACUUAUGAAUUCUUGUUUGCCCAGAUAUGGGCCAUUUUUCCAAGUAUUUGCCAGAACGCUAUUGACGUGAAAGAUAAUUUUAAGAACAUAGCCAGGCUGUUAGGUGUGACUUUCAACGACAAAAAAGAUUUGAGGUUAUACGUAAUGUCCGCUAUACGAAAAUUAAUUACAAGAGCGGUCGAGGAUAACAACGAAGAGGAUAAAGCGGAAUUAGCGCAAUACGCGAAGAACUAUUUACCGAUAUUUUUAAAUCUCUAUACAUUUAGCCCAGUUGGGACGGACGAGGAAGGACACCGUUUGGCUGCGUUUGAAACCAUAAAGACGUAUCUUGGAAUCACGAACAAAGAAUUAAUACACGAACUGUUCGAUCGUGCACUGCACAAGUUGAACGAGCCUAAUAUCGAUGACUUUUUCAAAGAAAGUGUUCACGAUAUAAUAAGACUGUUAAUCGAAUAUACAGACAUUGAUAGAUUAAAGACGUACUACGAUAUUUGUGUUCCGGCUCUAAAAACCAGUUCCAACAUGAAGGAACAGAAGAAAGCGUACAGAUUUUUGGAGGAGGUAUGUGGCAGCGAAAAAGGCACGUGUAAAACGUUCGUACAGAAGCACAGACGUGAAAUACAAAAGUUGCUAACAUCCACGGCAACGGAGGUUGCAAAACCAAGCAGAGGAGCUCGAUUGAGGUGCUUAAUUCACAUAGUCAAAAUGCACCCACAACUUGAGAACACGAAAUUCUUAGAAGCUAUCGUUCCCGAGGCGGUGAUAUAUCUGAAAGAUUUAAACACAAAGUGCCGCACCUGUGGUUAUCAACUAUUAAACACCAUCGCCGAGAAAUUUUUAGGAAAUCCCGAGAACCUUAAAGAUUAUGUGAAUAUGUUGAUGGUCGGCUUGAGUGGUUCGCCACAGUUCUGUACCGCGACAUUGUUCGCACUUGCGUCUCUUACUUAUUAUUACAACGGAUCCCUAGGUAUGGAAUUACUUAAAGAAAUAUUCGAACACGCAUGCAGGCUCGCUGCGAGUUCCACGAGAGAGAUUACGGACUCGGCAUUAUCUUACAUCAAAGUGUACACUAGCGUGAUUCCAAUUACAGUCGCUGCUCCUAAUUUAUCAAAAUUAAUAGAAGCCUUGUGUGGAAUAAACGACGAUUGUCACAGGCACUUCAGACAAAAAAUACGAGAUAUUUUGGUGAAAUUGUUGAGAAAGUACGGGCUGAAAACUAUCUCUGACAUGAUACCUUCCGAUUAUACAAUGUUGCACAAGAGAUUGAAGAAUAUAAAUAAACUGGAGGAGGCGAAGAAGAAGAAUAGGGACGCGAAGAAAACGAAGCAACAGGACAACGAAGAGAAUGAGUUCAAUAUAAAGAGAAGGCCCAAGAGUAUCGAGGAGGUAUUGGCGGACAGCGAGGAAGAAUUUGACAGCACAGAAAACGAAGCACCAAGGAAGAACAAGAAACGAACGUCACGAAAAGAGGCCUGGAUUCAAGAGAAUGAAGAGAUCGUUGAUCUCAUUGAUCCUGCAGCUGCUCGAAAUAUAUCGACAACGCUGCCUGGAGCUCUAAAUCCAAAAUUAGCAGCCUCAAAAUCAAACAACCGUGGAUUCAAGACAGCGCCAGAUGGCCGUCUUAUUAUCACUGUGAGGAAUGAGAGAGAUAACAGAGAAGAACCGAAGAACAGGAGUGUUCUACGUUUGCAUAGUGACUCGGACGAUGACUAUGAGGACAUUAACGAUGAUAUUCAGUCUAUAGUGGAGACGGGCAGGAAACGUAAAUACAGUGAUAACCGUGAUAACGUUAGUGUAAGAAGUGCGAGCACGUCGCAAUAUCAAACUGGAGGGUCGGGAAUACAUCGAUCGUUAAAAAAAGCGAAGAUGUCGCCAACGCCUGGAGCUGAAUAUAAAGCACAAAAAGCUAAAGGAGAUAUUAAGAGGAAAGAUAAACCGGAUCCAUACGCAUACGUACCACUGACGAGAUCAGUGUUGAACAAAAGGAAAAAGAAAAGAUACGCGACCAAGUUUCAGGGUAUUAUCGCAGGGGCGCAGAAGGGUGCACAGAUAGGAAUGAAGAAUAGGAAAAAGAAUUAAAAAUUACCUAUUAGUACGUAACAAAUCGAAAAUAAAGAAAUUCUCCUAAUAGGUUUACCACUUAUACUUGUGAUUUUUUUUUUUUUUUUUUAUCUUUCGAUCGAAUUGUGUAAAAAAUAUAUAAAAGGUUGUAAUCUAAGGAAUGUAUAUCUACGAAGAACUGGAUAUAGAUUUCUUUUUAAUUAUAUUAAUGUAUAUUAGUAUAUUAUAUUGUUGAUAAAUAUAUGUUUGAU